GAUUUACUAAUUGACAUUCAUAGAAUUUAUAUGCAUUUUAAACUCCUGUAAAUAAGCACGAAAGUCAAAAAUGCUGGAACCACUGCAAAGAUCAUCAACUGAUAUCUUAAAUAUGUUAAGAGAAGAAACUGAAUCAAUAAGGAGUGAACAGGGUGAAUCUGUUCGAUUUCAUGCAUUAAACAACAUAUGUUAUAAAAUGGAAAGCUUUCGGAGAGAUCUGGAAAACCUUAUCAAUGCUGAAAAGUCUGAAAUUCUUCCUGAAGAAUUUGGCCUUGGCUCUAAAAAGAAUGUUAAAUUGGGUGGAGGAAGCUUUGGGGUAGUUUAUAAAUCAAACUAUAAAGGAACAUCUGUGGCUGUAAAGGUUAUGAAUGAUACCAAGGAUGAAAACAAUAGAGACAAAGAACUUAACUACUUAAAGGUCCUCAGACAUGAUAACAUCAUUGGGUUUCGUGGUUGUGGAAUGUAUCAAUCCAAACGCUUCAUUGUGUUGGAAUAUAUCAAGGAAAACUUGUAUCUGUUUACAAAGAAUUAUUCAUCAGAUGAUGGAGAAGGGUUGUCUGCAUUCAUGGCAUGGGGAAUCAGCAAACAACUUGCCAAUGUAAUGAACUACCUUCAUUCGCGCCCAAUGACUCAUGGAGAUCUCAAACCAGACAAUAUUUUGGUUGAUCGGUCUACCGUAAACCCAAGAAUAAAACUUUGUGAUUUUGGUCUUGCUUGUCGCAAAGAUGAAUACACCGCAGACAAAUCGGAGGGUCAUGUCAGAUACAAAAAGAAAGGUGUUGCAGAAAACUUUGAUGGAUUGCUUGAGCAAGAUGUCUUUUGUUUUGGACUGAUUGUUCUUUUUGUCAGAACUGGUAAAAGGCCUUGGAACAAAGUCAACACUUCUGAUUUAACAAGUCAGAGGAAACAAGAUGGUUUAGAAGUAAAAGUAAAACAAGACAAGAUUAUCAUUGGGGAUGAGGAAGUUUCAAAAAGUGUUGGGGGAGAAUUGGAAGAGAUAAUCUCCGUCAGUUGUAAAAACGGAACAAGCUUUGAAAAAAUCGUUACAAAAUAUUUCUCCAAAGAAAAUCCUUUCAAAAUGAAGGAAAUCAAGGGAGAAUUUUUUUCCUGUGGCUUUCUCACUCAAACAAACAUAUUUGUUGCAGAUUCUGUUGUAGCAGAAGAACAUGAAAAUGAAGUGAAGUUUCCAACAUACCAACCUGUUGACCUGGAAUGUGUUGUAGAUGUAACAUUCGAUCCGAAAGAUAAUGUAAUGAACGACGUAUCCGGGUUAAGAGAUGAAAAACUGGAAAACACGUAUCUGGAAAAUAUACAAAAGUAUAAGAAACAAGCUCAAGCAAAGAUCAUUGACAACAACAAAACAAUUGCUCUGCGGUCAAUCACACCAAGUCGUCCUGGUGAUGAUGAAAAACAGAGAAUGGAUUUGAGAUUUGUUGAAUCAAAUUAUGUUCACCACCGGGCAAUGCGUGACAUUUGGCGCGAUUUUGAUGAGGAAAAGAAAAACAAGAUCGUUUCCAGGAAGAGUGAUGUUCAUCCACAUUAUAGCACGUCUUUUGGUCUGCAUGUUGCAGUGCUCACAUGUGAAGAUGAUGGAACAAGAAAAUUUGUUUUUUCUCAAAGAUCACAGAAAAAAGGGAUGGCAAGUCCAGGUGAUUACACUUGUGGUGCAGUUGAAAGUUGCUCAGUUGUGGAUUAUAUUCAAAAAACAGAGAAAUUUGCAACUGUUUCGCUUAUCAACACAGCAGCUCGUGGACUUUCUGAAGAGUUGGGUCUUCACCUGCAGGGAGAGGAUAUAAAAGCUAUAUGCCUUAACACAAUAUACCUGAAGUUUGAUAACCAUGAAUGGGGAAUGUGUGGAUUUGUUGAUCUUACUGAUAAAAGGAUAUCUCAGAAUAAUCGGUUAAACUUCAAAACACUGAAUGGGGCAUUCACAGCUGGGCCUAAGGAUAAGUUUGAGCAUGCACUGAUCGUUGGUGUGGAUUUUAAGUUGGAGACAAUGGUAGCGUGGCUGCGUAAAGAGCAUCUUAAACUGGCAAGUUCAACCAAAAUUGCGGCGGUAAAGGUCCUGGAGAGCUUCUUUGGAACUUCAGAAGUUAUGAAAAUGUUCGAAAAAUAUAAUAAAUCAGACAAGUGAUAUAAAAUGUGAAGAUAUGUAAUUGUGCUCUUUUGAUUGUUUAACUUACAUGCGUCGCAUAUUAAAACCUACAACUGAACCUAGUACUUGGGGUAAGAUGGAACACCUUUAGCAUGUCAUUUCCAAAUAUCGUGUUUUAAACAAUUAACAAUGGUCUAGUGAAGCCGUGACGAUACGGUUUUAUAAUUUUUUGAAUGUUAUUGUAUAUAAACUGGUAUUAAAUUGUCAGCGCUAAACUUUAUCUGAUUAAAUUCUUCUAGUGUAAACAAA